CUGUGAUGGACCCUCAGAAUACUGCUAUGUUAGGGCUGGGUUCUGGUUCUGAAGGGUUUUCUGGGAAAAGCCCCUCUGCGGUUGCCACGGGCGCAGCAGGAGGCAGAAGAGAGUUGGCCCUCGAUGGUAGCGCUAAGGAGGAGGAAGAGAAAAAGAGGAGCUGCGGGGAGAACGACGGCGAGAUCGGCAAGGGCGAGAACCUGUCCGACGCCCAGCAGCAGUUUUCCGUGAAGGAAACGAACUUUUCAGAGGGAAAUUUAAAACUGAAAAUUGGCCUCCAGGCUAAGAGAACUAAAAAACCCCCAAAGAAUCUGGAAAAUUAUGUCUGCCGGCCUGCCAUAAAAACCACUAUCAAGCAGCCCAGGAGGGUGCAGAAGGCUGGGAAGAUGACAGAGGAGAAGAAUGACCCAGGACCUGUGAAGCAAGACUCAACAAAACUGUGCAAGAAAGGUGGAGAACCCACGCCGGUCGAAUGCUCCACAGCCGAGGGCAGACCAAGGGAGAGCAGUCCGCAUUCGAAGAAACCUUCGCCGUUGCACUCCGAAGCGACCGAUUAUGGGAAGUCGUCCCUUUCUACUCCAGUCAGUAGCCGCGAUCCAGACUCGAAGGACAGAGCUCAGAUUAACGGGGCCACCACCGUCACAGAAAAAUUGGCUCAGCUCAUCGCCACUUGUCCGCCGUUGAAGUCUUCCAAAACGAAGCAAAAGAAGCCAGCCAUGGGGGUUGCCUCCGAAUUUGCUAAAGACUCUGGAAAGAAGCUUCUGCCGACCGGGACCCCGACGGUGGCAGCUAGCAAGGACUUCGUAAAGAAACUACCUGGCAGUGGCAGUAUGGGCGCUGCAUUGGCCAACAAGGAUUUUGCAAAGAAGGCGCCAGGAAUAAGCAGUGGAUCUGGGUUGAUCAGCAAAGACUCUGGGGCUAAAAAGCAACCAGGGACGUGCCCUAGUGCAGCUGGAUUAGUUAGUAAUAAGGAUUGUGGGAAGAAGCCGCCGGUCCUUACCCCUCCGAUAGGCUUGAUCAGCAAGGAGAGUGGAAGGAAACCACUAGUGGCUGGUGUGCCAGUGGGGCUAGUGAGUAAGGAAUGUGGGAAAAGAUUUCUGGGGUCUAGCAGUCCAAUCGGAUUGGUCAAUAAGGAGAUGAGUAAAAAGCUGGUAGGGGCUGCCACUCCCCCUGGGUUGGUUAACAGAGACUUGGGGAAAAAAUUACCAGUGUCUGGCAGUCCAGUUGGCUUAGUUAAUAAGGAUACCGGAAAGAAAUACCCAGGUUCAGAUAGCCCAGUUGGUCUAGUUAACAAGGAUUCGGGAAAGAAACUGCCCAUGACCAGUAGUCCAAGCGGGAAACUGCCCAUGACCAGUAGUCCAAUCGGUUUGGCCAAUAAAGACUGUGGGAAGAAGCUUUCAGGGGUCACUGGUCCGAUUGGGUUGGUUACUAAAGAAUUGGGAAAGAAGGUCCUGGGGGUUGUCACGCCACCCAGUUUAGCGCUUAAGGACUCUGGAAAGAAAAUGGCAGGGGCCAGCAGUCCACCCGGGCUGACUAACAAAGACUCGGGGGUUCCGAAAGCAGACAUUGGUAAUGCUUCCUCCGAGCCCUUCAAACGCUUUUGCAGCGGAAGCAUCAUCAAUCUUGAUGGUCCGGAACCCGCAGCCCCUUCGAAAGACAGCGGGGGCAUGAAAGUGUUUGAGAAGCAUGUUCCAAGGCAGAGCAAAGAGAGCAUUCCAGAGAAGUUGGCAGUUCAGAGAGACAUCUCGGGUGGAGGCAAAGAAGGGGCCUGCGUGCAGCAGGAGGCUCCUUCUCCUGUGGAAAGGGGCACUGCCGAUGCAUCGAAGCAUGACAAGCAGCUGCCGGUGUAUUGCACUUCCCCGGACUUCAGGACAGCCGGCGGCGCUUCUGAUCUGUCUACGGCCAAAUCGCCCUUUAGCGCUGUAGGAGAGGGGAACCUCCCGUCCCCCUCCCCGGCAGGCUCCGUCACCUCCUUAACCCGAAGCCCCACUUCAACCUUGGCUCAGCUGACUCCCAACCCGUUGCAUUUAAACAGCACGCCAGAACUCUUAGAAGGAAUUUCCGAGCCAAUUAGUAAGUCCCCAUUUGCCACCGAUGGCGCACGCUCAGCUGCAAACAGGCUGUCCAGCCCCGGCUCACACGCCACCAGCAAAGGUAUCGGUUGGGAAUUAAAUGACUCUAAAGUCGCCCACGCAGACACCCCGAAACCCAGCCCCGCCCUAGGUAAAAAGCUCAACUUGGCAACCGAAUCAAGCAUCCGUGCCGCUAUCGCCCCUUCGGUGGUUAGCUUCUCCAGCUUAUUUAACAAUAAACCCAUUCUAAAGAUUGGUGCCAUGACUGCACUGGGGAAAUCCUGCCACGGAGCUGACUCCCCAAGUAGCCGUGGCGACUCCCAAACAAAGCCCUUAAAGAAAAGGAAAGGACGGAAGCCACGCUGGACGAAGGUGGUUUCUAGGAGCGCUUGCCGGUCUCCCAAAGGGCUAGAAUUAGGAAGGCCUGACCUUUUCAAAAACAUUUCUUGCAGCGUGCUGUCAAACAGUAGCCUGGACCAGGCCAAGCUCUUUAAAAACACAGGCUCGCCUUCUUUUGCAGAGCACGAGUUUGUCAAGCAUCAGUUGCCGAAGCUGAACAAAUCGGGUGGCAUGCAGUCUCUCGAUCUGCUUAGUAGCGUUGACAAGGAGUCCAGUAAAUUUUACAGUCCUCAUAUGCAGACUUCCAGCGGGUGCAUUUCGGACGAUUUGUUUCCUGAGAUGUACAAGUCCAAAAGGGGCAGAUCGAAAUCCAAAGAGAUGCCCCAUUUGGAAGGCCCCCCCAAGCGCACCUUGAAGAUCCCCGCCUCAAAGGUCUUUUCGGUGCAGUCAAAGGAAGAACAGGAGCCUCCAGUGUUGCAUCCAGAGGUCGAAAUCCCUUCUCUUCGGCAGAGCCUUUCGGAGCACGCCUUUCCAAAGAAGAGAGGUCGGCCAAAAAGACAGAUCAGGUCGGGGGUCAAAAUGAAGCCCCCUGUUCUGUCUGUAGCUCCUUUUGUCAUGUCGGACAAUUCCGACAUGCUGGAGCCCGAAAGCGACCAGCAGCCGAGCGAGGAUUUCUUUGAAAUGUCGGAUCCCCUCGGAGACCCGGAGGAACUUGGGGAAACAAAUGCCUGUAACGCGCCUGAGCUUGAGGUGGAGCCAGACAGAAAAGAGACCAGGCGAAACAACGGGCAGCUGAUGAAAACCAUCAUCAGGAAGAUCAACAAGAUGAAGACGCUAAAGCGGAAAAAGUUCUUGAAUCAGAUCCUCUCGUCCACUGUGGUGGAACCAAAUAAAGGGAAAGUGCAAUCCAAGCUCCACACGACGGUGUCGACCCUCGCCGCCACCUUUAGCUCAAAACUGGGGCAGCAGAUCAACGUCAGCAAGAAAGGAACGAUCUACAUAGGAAAGAGGCGAGGCAGGAAGCCCAAAUCCAUCCUGAAUGGCAUCUUGGGUAGUUCUGCCAGCUUGAGUGUUCUUGAAAAGUCUGCCCAGCAAGCAGGGGGGGCUGUGCUAGGCCAGGCAGUCCCGCCUUUGCUGACUUCUGCAGCUAAUAACUCUGAGAUCCUUCCAUCACCAGUUUGUUCUCAAUCCUCUGGGGUGAGCGGGGGUCAGAGCCCGGUCAGCAGCGACAUGGGCUUUGUGGAGCCCAACUCAGUCCCGUACUUACACCUCCACUCCAGGCAGGGGAGCGUGGUUCAGACCCUUGCGAUGAGAAAGGCCUCCAAGGCCAGGAGGAGGCUCUCCCCGCCGACUCUGCUCCCAAACUCCCCGUCCCACAUGAGCGAGCUGAGCUCACUGAAGGAAGCAACCCCCUCGCCCAUCAGCGAGUCCCACAGCGACGAGACGAUUCCCAGCGAUAGCGGCAUCGGAACCGACAACAACAGCACUUCUGACCGGGCCGAGAAGUUCUGCGGCCCGAAGAAACGGCGGCACUCCUUCGACCACAUCUCCCUCGUCCCCCCGGAGACCUCCACCGUCCUGAGCGGCCUCAAGGAGAAGCACAAGCACAAGUGUAAACGCCGGAGCCACGACUACCUGGCCUACGAUAAGAUGAAGCGGCAGAAGCGGAAGAGGAAGAAGAAGUACCCGCAGUUGCGCGGCAGGCAGGACCCUGAUUUCCUGGCCGAGCUGGAGGAGCUGAUCAGUCGGCUGAGCGAGAUCCGGAUAACGCACCGGAGCCACCAUUUCAUCCCCCGGGACUUGCUGCCGACCAUUUUCCGAAUCAAUUUCAACAGCUUCUAUACCCACCCCACUUUUCCUUUGGAUCCUUUGCACUACAUCCGGAAGCCGGACUUGAAGAAGAAGCGAGGCCGGCCCCCCAAAAUGAGGGAGGCAAUGGCGGAAAUGCCUUUCAUGCAUAGCCUCAGUUUCCCCUUGUCCGGUACUGGAUUCUACCCUUCCUACGGUAUGCCUUACUCUCCUUCUCCCCUCACUGCUGCUCCGAUUGGCUUGGGCUAUUACGGGCGGUACCCGCCAGCCCUUUAUCCCCCUCCCCCUUCCCCUUCAUUUACCACCCCACUGCCUCCUCCAUCUUAUAUGCAUACCGGCCACUUGCUCCUCAAUCCGGCCAAGUACCACAAGAAGAAACAUAAGCUACUGCGCCAGGAGGCAUUCCUCACCGCCAGCCGGGCGCCCCUCCUCUCCAUGAGCACCUACCACCCCAGCGUCCCGCCAGAGAUGGCCUACGGCUGGAUGCUGGAACACAAGCAUCGGCACCGCCACAAGCACCGCGAGCACCGCUCCUCAGAGCAGCCUCAGGUCUCCAUGGAGACCUUGGCAGCCAACGGCUCUUCCCGCACCGUCCUGGAGUCUCUGAAGCGUUACCGCUUCGGGAAGGAAACGGUGGGCGAGAGAUACAAGCAUAAGGAGAAGCACCGGUGUCAUAUGGCUUGCCCACACCUGUCCCCUUCGAAAGGCCUGCUAGGCAGGGAGGAGCAGUGGGUCAGGAGGGAGCCAGCGGAGUCCAGUUCACUCUCACUAGGAUUACAGACACCAUUGCAGAUUGACUGUUUGGACGCUCCUCCCAGCCUGCCUUUGGGGCGAUUCACGCCGAGUUCCGAGCCCGCCAGCAGUGAUGAACACACGAACCUCUUUACCAGUGCAAUAGGUAGCUGCCGAGGCUCUGGCUCUUCCGGUACCGGCGGGCGUAAGAAACUGUCCGACAGCUCGGGGCUGUUCAGCCCCCAAGAAGCGCCGCUCAGCCGUCCCACGAGGAAGGAGACGUUGCCCCCCAUGGAGAAAGCGCUGACAACCUUGCCAGGCUCGCUUCCAGCACAGGAGAAGCCCUCGCAGAGGCCAACAGAGACUACCAGCUGCAGCCCUUCCAGAAAGAGGUCUUCAUCAGAAAGCACAUCCUCUACAGUGGUCGGGAUCCCCGCACGGAGUACGAGGCUCGGAAGCACCAUGGAAGAUUCCGUGGAUAAUCUAUUACAGCACAUGGCCCAGCACGAAAGUCAGGCUGCGCUGGACAAAACCCUAGAGGCCGUCAUGGCCAACACGCCCGCUCCCCCUUCCAGGAGCCCCAGCCGAAGCCCCAGCAGGGAAAAGAGCGGCGGGCUCUCAGGCCCGGGCACCCUGGGGGACUCGGCCCGCGAAGGCCACCCCCUCCUCUCCGACCGCUUGUCGGGCGGCUACUCCCCCUAUCACCUCAAGAGGAGCAUGGUGGAGGCCAUGCAGCGCCAGGCGAGGAAGAUGUGCGAUUACGACAAGAUCCUGGCCACCAAGAAGAACCUGGACCACGUGAACAAGAUCCUCAAAGCCAAGAAGCUCCAGCGGCAGUCGCGGACCGGCAACAACUUUGUGAAGCGCCGGCCGGGCAGGCCCAGGAAGUACCCCUUGCAGUCGGUGGUCUCGGUGCACUCCCUGCAAGUGAGCCGGUUUGCCGGCCCGGACCUCGACAGCGGGGAGAAAGGCUGCCCGCUGCACCGCGGCCCCGACACCGUGACGGAUGCCAUCGAGUCGGUGGUUCAGGGGGUGAAUGUGAAAGGGUGGAAGAGGAAGAGGUGGCUGGAGGAGGAGGAGCAAGCCCGGAAGAGGCAGAAGCCUUUGCCGGAAGAAGAGCAGGAGAGCGACAAGAGCUUUCCCGAGGCUCCAGCUGAGUGCCCUGCCCCCGAGGAGACCGUGGUAAAGCCACGUGAGCCAGAGAGAGUCGAGCAGCCCCCAACCACCUUCGUCCAGCGUGAGAAGAAGGCUCCCCGCCCUCCGAAGAAGAAGUACCAGAAGGCAGGGCUGUACUCCGAUGUGUACAAAACCACUGACCCCAAGAGUCGCCUGAUCCAGUUGAAGAAGGAGAAGCUGGAGUACACUCCUGGAGAGCAUGAGUAUGGAUUGUUCCCAGCCCCUAUUCACGUGGGGAAAUAUCUGCGACAAAAGCGAAUAGACUUCCAGCUGCCCUACGACAUUCUCUGGCAAUGGAAACACAACCAGCUGUAUAAAAAGCCAGACGUCCCGCUUUACAAGAAAAUCCGUUCUAACGUUUAUGUGGACGUGAAACCUCUUUCUGGUUACGAGGCCACCACUUGUAACUGUAAGGAACCAGAAGAUGGGGACAAGAAGGGCUGUAUGGAUGACUGUUUGAACAGGAUGAUCUUUGCCGAGUGCUCGCCCAACACGUGCCCCUGCGGGGAGCAGUGCUGCAACCAGCGGAUCCAGAGGCACGAGUGGGUGCAGUGCUUGGAACGCUUCCGGGCCGAGGAGAAGGGCUGGGGCAUCCGCACGAAGGAGCCCCUGAAAGCCGGGCAGUUCAUCAUCGAGUACCUGGGAGAAGUGGUCAGCGAGCAGGAGUUCAGGAACCGGAUGAUCGAGCAAUACCACAACCACAGCGACCACUACUGCCUCAACCUCGACAGCGGGAUGGUGAUCGACAGCUACCGCAUGGGGAACGAGGCCCGCUUCAUCAAUCACAGCUGCAACCCGAACUGCGAGAUGCAGAAAUGGUCCGUCAACGGAGUCUACCGGAUCGGGCUGUACGCGCUGAAGGACAUGCCCGCUGGCACCGAACUAACAUACGACUACAACUUCCAUUCCUUCAACGUGGAAAAGCAGCAACUCUGCAAGUGUGGCUUUGACAAGUGCAGAGGCAUCAUCGGGGGGAAGAGCCAGCGAAUGAACGGCCUCCUGAGCAAAACCAACCAGCCAGUCACCUCCCAGAGGAGGCCCAGCCGGUCCAAAGAGAAGAGGAAAUCGAAGCACAAGUUGAAGAAGAGGAAGGGUCACAUGCAUGAGGAGCCCAGCGAAAGUUCAAGCACCCCGACGCGGUUGACACCACAGCUGCAAAUGAAGCCGAUGUCCAACAGGGAAAGGAAUUUUGUGCUGAAGCAUCACGUUUUCCUGGUGCGCAACUGGGAGAAAAUCCGGCAGAAGCAAGAGGAAGUCAAACACGCCAACGACAACCUUCACUCCGCCUCGUUGUACACGCGCUGGAACGGGAUGUGCCGGGAUGAUGGCAACAUAAAAUCCGACGUCUUCAUGACCCAGUUCUCCGCCCUGCAGACCUCCCGCUCCGUGCGGACGCGGCGGCUGGCUGCAGCCGAGGAGAACCUGGAGGUGGCGCGAGCCGCCCGCCUCGCGCAAAUCUUCAAGGAGAUCUGCGACGGCAUCAUCUCGUACAAAGAUUCCUCCCGGCAGGCGCUCGCCGCUCCGCUGCUGAAUCUUCCCCCGAAGAAAAAGAAUGCGGAUUACUACGAGAAGAUUUCCGACCCUCUCGACCUCGCCACCAUCGAGAAGCAGAUCCUGACGGGCUACUACAAAACCGUGGAAGCUUUCGACGGUGACAUGCUGAAGGUCUUCCGCAACGCCGAGAAAUACUACGGCAGGAAAUCGCCGAUCGGGCGGGACGUCUGCCGGCUCCGGAAGGCCUACUACAAUGCCCGCCACGAGGCGGCCGCCCAGAUCGACGAGAUCGUGGGUGAGACGGCGAGCGAGGCAGACAGCAGCGAGACCUCCAUGUGCGAGAAGGAGAGCGGGCACGAGAAAGACGAGGACGUCAUCCGGUGCAUCUGCGGCUUGUACAAAGACGAAGGACUCAUGAUCCAGUGCGACAAGUGCAUGGUUUGGCAGCACUGUGACUGCAUGGGAGUGAACUCUGAUGUCGAGCACUACUUGUGCGAGCAGUGUGAACCCCGCACGGUGGACAGGGAGGUACCUAUGAUUCCCCGGCCUCAUUACGCCCAGCCCGGUUGCGUUUAUUUCAUCUGCCUUUUACGGGAUGACCUCUUGCUUCGCCAAGGCGACUGUGUGUACCUGAUGCGAGACAGCCGAAGGACCCCGGAUGGCCACCCGGUCCGGCAGUCAUAUCGCCUGCUGUCCCACAUCAACCGAGAGAGGCUCGACAUCUUCCGUAUUGAAAAACUCUGGAAAAAUGAAAAAGAGGAGCGGUUUGCAUUUGGCCACCACUAUUUCCGUCCGCACGAAACGCACCACUCCCCCUCCCGCAAGUUCUACCACAACGAGCUGUUCCGGGUGCCGCUGUACGAGAUCAUCCCCUUGGAGGCAGUGGUGGGGACCUGCUGUGUGCUGGAUCUCUACACCUAUUGCAAAGGACGGCCAAAGGGAGUGAAGGAGCAGGACGUCUACAUCUGCGAUUACCGCCUCGACAAAUCGGCCCAUCUCUUCUACAAGAUCCACCGCAACCGCUAUCCCGUGUGCACCAAGUCCUACGCCUUCGACCAUUUCCCCAAAAGGCUCACCCCGAAGAGAGACUUCUCGCCUCAUUACGUACCAGACAACUACAAGAGAAACGGGGGCAGAUCAUCUUGGAAAUCCGACCGCUCCAAGUCCCAGAACAAAGACCUCGGCCAAGAGGAGGACCCCCUUCCCCUCAUGGAGGACAUGAUCCCAAGUCAGGAGCAGCCACCCAGCGAGCAAGCGCCCAGCCUGGAGGAGCCGGAGAAGGAGGCGUUCCCUCAGGAAAGCGGCGAGGCGGACAAGAAGGCGGAGGAGAGCAGCCCUGCCCCCAGGCGGCCGUGCACCCCGGAGGAGCGCCGACACAUGCAGCGGGAGAGGCUGAACCAGAUCCUCCUCACCCUCCUAGAAAAAAUCCCAGGGAAGAAUGCCAUUGACGUCACCUACUUGCUGGAGGAAGGCUCGGGGCGGAAGCUGCGGCGGCGCACGCUGGGUCUCCCAGAGAGCAUCUACCGGAAGUGACACCGUUUCCCAGAGAGAAGCUGUGGCCUGGGGAUGCGCUGUCAGAUGUGCGUGAGACUGGACAGAGGGGCAUGGUUUUACCGCUCACCCGCCCCUCGCGGUGCGUGUGGAGGGGGGGGGCCAGGAGGGGAGAAGGUAACUGACAAAACGGUUCUGUAGCACUUAGACGACGCGAUUGGGCGGGCGGGCAGGCGGCCCCGUCCCGCCCAGCAGUGCUCUUAAUGAUGUGUGUGGUGUUGGGCGUGCCUUGUUGUCAAUGUUAAGGUACUAAGGAAAAACCUUGUGGUCAUUUGUCGGAGACGGUCAGAUUUUUUUUUUUAAUUUAUUUCUUUUGGCUCCGACACCCUUGCUCAGAGGAAGG